GAAUGUGACAUACUUUAAGUGGUUGAUAUGUUUAUAUAAUUCUCACUUCAGCACAAAAGUAUUUUCAAAAUUUGAACUAAAGUGCCGUAAAUCGAGUGUCUAGAUGAAAUUUACUAGCAAAUUGAAGAAGCUACGGAGGAAUAAGUCUUGAACUCUGAUAUUGGGAAUAAGCAUUUGAAUUGGGUAUAUUACGAGUCAAGAACAAAUGUUGAAAACCAAAUAUAGCGAAAAGUAUGAAGAGAGAAGAGAAACGACAGAAGCUCCAUGAAGGCCUCCUUCGGAUGCUCUAUCCUCCUCCACCAUCACCUCCUUCGGAAGAAAACGAUGAAGAACCACUUCACAUUCUCAGUCAAGGCCUCAACUUGGACCAAAUCCCAGAUGAACUGGAAAAUGACAGGGGAUCUUCCUCCUCUGGCGACCAGGAGUCUGAUAAUGGGCCUGAGAAACUCACAAGGGCCCAAAGGAAGAGGAUUAGACGAAAGAAACUUAAGGAAGCAGCCUCUCGCCGUCAAGAUAUAAUUGGGCCGUUGUUGCCUACUGUAGAGAGUGAUGGUAAGGGUGUAAAUGUGAGUACGAUAGGUGAGGAACCACAAGGUGUUCGACAAAAUGCCAAUGAGCCAGAUGAUGCAGAGUCUUGCUCGAAACAGAACAGACUAAAACAAAGAAGAAUGGCUAAAAAGUUGGUUGGUGGCAGCUCAAAGCCAACUGGGGAUAGCAACAAGCCUUGAAAUUACCGAUCCUUUUGCCAAGGAAUGUCUGACUGCAAAAAAGGAAGUGUCAUUGCAACAGGCAGAAGUGAAAAUUUUAACUGGAAAGAAGAAAUCGAACUCUGGUACAAGUGCUGACAAAAUUUUAUAGAAAGCAAGUAGUGCUGUUGUUCCUACAAAAUUCAGAUGCAUUGUUUUCAUUUUUGAACUGAGUGGUUUAUGUUUGUGCACUUUACAGGACAAAUGUUCACAUACUAGUUAAUUUAGUGAUAUGUUGUGCUAUAGCACUGUAAAUUAUAUUCAAUUGAUUCAUAUUCUUUUAA